AGCUCCACGAUUGGAGCUUGUGUUGAAGUAUUCCAUUGACGUUGGUGUGGGGGUGAUUGACGCCGAUCGGGUCUUGUGUUCAACUAGUCGACGAUAUCAGAUCUUGGAUUGACGUUUGCUGAACUGAUACAGCCUAUUGAGGAAAGGUACCACAUGUUAAAACUUUCAUAAAGGUACAAAGAUGAAUACAAAGAUAGUACACGCCUUCAUUUAUUAGCGAAGGAUGUGCAUAAUUUGCCAGAAGGUUUGCGCAUAGUUGUCAAUUUUGAUAAACAUCAUGCAGCAGUAGGAGAAGCAGCUGGACUCCUUGCAGGAGUUUGUGGACAAUUGGCCACUGAUUGUGUAGCAUUUCCAAUCAGUUUUGACAAGUGGUCAGACAUUCCAGCAAGCUUUUUUGAAAAUCAAUUGAAUAUUUUUUUCCUAGCUCGAUUUUGCUUCAAAGUGAGUGAUAACUUGGCCAAACGAUUUUUGCUCCAAUCGCUUGGCAAAAAAUGGAGGGAACAUAGGAUAAAGCUUUGGAAUGAUUUUUAUGAUCCAAGGUUGAGUAAAACCGAGAUCAUAAAUAAUGCACCAGAAGAUAUUGCUCCUGAUCAAUGGGCUUUAUUCGUAGAAUAUCGUUUGAAGCCUGAAACUCAGAAACUUUGUAAGAGGAAUAAAAAAAUUCGGCAAAAAUAAAUAAUUCCUCAUACUUCAGGUGCUAAAUCAAUUGCAAGAAGAAGGGCUGAAUUGGUAAUCAAUUAAUGCAUGCAUAUCUAAUCUAUCUCAAAUAUAAUGCAUGCAUCAUCUCUUAAUUUUCUGGAUAUCUAAUCUAAGUUAGUAGGCUGCUAUUUUUUUAUCAAGUCUUUCUACUUUUCUUAAAUUUUAGACGAAAGAGACGGGAAAAGAAGUUAAUAGGGUUCAAAUGUGGGACAUCACUCACAAGAAAAUAGAUGAAAGUUAUGUUAAUGAAAAGGCUAAAGAAAUAGCGGAGAAGAUUGAAGUACAUAGCAGCCAACAACCGAUGGAAUUAACUGUUAAUUCUCCUCUUGAUGCUCUUGGAGUAGUUUUUGGGAAAGAGCACCCUGGUCGUGUUCGAGGUUUAGGUAUGGGAGCUGUUCCAAUAAUUGCUUUCAAGAACAACACUACAAGGAUUAGUCAAAUGAAUUUAGGUUCUUCAAAUGAUGCUGGCACAUCAUCUACUUGUGGUCCAAAUGUGCAAGAAGAGUUGGAUACCGUUAAAGCGCAAUUGCAAGCGCUAGUCUCCUAUAUAGCUUCUAAGGAAGGAGGUAAAAUUCCAAUACAAUUGGCUGGAAUGUUCCCUACUCAACAAAUCUCACAGGGAUUGGAUCAGGAGAGUGAGAUUCCAUCACCAAAAGAGUUAGGAAGUAGUUAUAAGCCUUUGUGGGAUAUUAUUGAUGCAAGAUGGGACAAGCAACUCUUUAAGCCUUUGCAUGUCGCAGGCUAUUAUUUGAAUCCACAAAUUCAUUAUAGUCCUAAUUUUAAGGUUGAGUAUGAUGUUAAGAAAGGACUUUUAUAA